GCCUGCGGUCGCAAAUGCUCGGGUAGCUCGUCCGGCUCCAGGGGCUCCUCGUCCUCCUCCCACUGCUCCAGGAGUCUCUCCAUGUCGGCAUCGGUGUAGUCCCGAAUGUCCUUCUUCGCCCACGAAGGUUUGUUGUUCUCGUCACUCUUCCUGCCGUUCACGGCCACGAGAAAAGCCACCAGCAGACACAGACUGAGUAUUUUCACCAUUUUAUUGCAGGCAGACGAGAUCAAUUUAUGCACAACAACUCUUGUUGACGUCGGCAAGCCAAUUCCAGUUUUAUCAUCGCGGCGACGAACAAUUGGUCGGCGAAAGCGCAGUUGUCUGCCUGAUGGAAGGCGCGCGGCGGCAAAAAGUCACUGUCAGUGCGUGAAAAACAUGCCGCGAGUGUGUGCGAAAAUUGGGCCUUCAAUUCUCAACGCUGACCUCUCGCAAUUGCACGCGGAGUCUCAGCGCUUGCUGGACAAUGGGGCGGAUUACCUCCAUCUGGACGUCAUGGACGGCCACUUCGUGCCCAACCUCACCUUCGGCCAUCCGAUGGUGAAGUGCCUGCGCGCGAAGAUCCGCGAUGCCUUCUUCGAGACCCACAUGAUGGUGGCGGAGCCCGCUCGGUGGAUCGAGCCGAUGGCGGACGCCGGCGUGGACCAGUACACAUUCCACAUCGAGCCCGUGAUGCAGGACGUGGAGCAGGUGUGCCGCAAAGUGCACGAGGCCGGCAUGAAGGUCGGACUGGCCCUGAAGCCGGGAACAGCUGUUGAGGUCGUGGAGCAGUUCGUCUCCUUGGCGGACAUGGUGCUCGUGAUGACGGUGGAGCCGGGAUUCGGAGGGCAGGCCUUCAUGGCGGACAUGAUGCCCAAGGUGGUGUGGCUCCGGGAGAAUUAUCCAGACUUGGACAUCGAAGUUGAUGGCGGCGUGGGACCCAAAAACAUCGAUACCUGCGCUCAGGCCGGAGCCAACAUGAUCGUGUCCGGAACUGCCGUCGUCCAGGCCACUGAUCAGCGUGCAGUCAUUUCCAGUCUUCGGGAUUCGGUCGAGAAGUCAAUCAAGAAGCCUUAAAUCACAAACAUUCCCGCAUUUCCUGCUUGAAUGCAUUUAUAACGCGAAAUUGGACUAUUUCUCAAGAUUAUUCUUAUAUCGAUUUUAUAUGAAAAAUGUUAAGUAGGUAAAUAUGUAUGUAUAAAAAGAGCAAAAAAAAUUGUGAAAAUUUCCAGGGGUUUGUAAUAAAGAAAUGAGCCAAAUCAAAUAGAAUUAGAAUUACUCGAAUAAUGGAGCAAAUAAAUGGGAAUUGCAUUAAGUUUGCAGUUUUGUAAAUUUAAUUACGACAAUAUUUCUAUUAUUAUGUUCCUAGGUAUAAUAAAGAAUUAGGAGACGAAUAAACGGAAAUAAAUUGGACAAACUCGCUGAUUUUUUUUUAAAUUUUAUUUCAUCAUUAAUUUCUUAUAAACUUCAGCCAAUCAUUAUUUUAUUUUUAUAGUUUCUUUACCUUUUAAAAAGAGUUCUUCAUUUAUUACAAAUUUGUUCAUAAGUGGAAUGACGUUAUUUUUGUGUAAUUUUCUUAAUUUUUUUUUCUUUUCUUUAAAUGUGUAAUGCAUGUGAGAAAACAACGCUUUCAAUGAAGAAUUUUUCAUUCGCUUUUCACUUAAUUUCUUUUUCUUGUAAUUAUUAUUGCACUUUCCAUGAUACGUCACGCUUCUUUACAUUCUAGACUUUAUGCUGUUGGUUUUUUUUUUAGAUCUCCCAAUUAUUCGGAGAUUUCUUUGGUGAAUGUAAAAAACGUGAUUAUCGCAAAAUGCCAAUUUAAUUUUUUCAUCUCAUUUUCUUUAUAUUUUUGGUGUCUAAUCUCAAAAAACGUUGAAUAUUCUUUUUUUUCAUCUAUUCCAUAUUUUAUCUAAAGUACUUUUUCCUCCAUAUUUCAAUUUCUAAUAUUUUAUCAAAAAGAACCAAAAAGUUUCAAUCAUUCGAUUUGAAAUGCCUUUUUAUUCCAAUAUUUUCUCAUAAUUCACUUUUCAUUACUUCCUUUAUUUUAUAUUUAUAUUUUCUUUAACUUAUAAAGAUUCUUUAUAUAAUUAUAAGGUAUGUAUAUAUAGUUAUAAUAGUACACAAAUUUAUUUUAUUAUUUUUCUUCAUUUUCAUAUUUUAUAGUUAGUUACGACUGAAUAUUACUUUUAUAUUUUAAUACAAUUUUAUAUUUAGUUUUUCACCGUCAAUUUUUCUUCAUCGCUCUUCGCCAUCGUCGCGCGUAUUUGAGAAGAAGAAAUCAGUAAUUUUGGUCAGUGUUUUUCUUCGGCGGAAAAUUCUCUAGGCCCCUUUUCUCACUUGGGAAACCUCAAUUUUUUUUUUAUUGACGUAAGAUCAAAAUUAUUGAUGUACAUACUUCUGUUAAUCCGAUUAGUUCCAUUUUAUAAUAUUACCUUUCAAUGAUGGUUUUUUUCUCUUUUAGGUUUCUUUUUUAUUUCUGAAUAUAAAAAAAAGAUUUUAUUAUUACUAUUAUAAUAUUAUUAAAUUUUUGACACACAUUUAUCAUUUAAUAUUAUUAUGUGUUAUAUUCUUUUUCUUUUCCUUUCUUCUUUAAUUAAUGUUAAUUGUAUUUUUGCUCUAUCAAAUACACUUUUUUCUUCUCCUUUUUGUCACUUCCGUGAAAUGUCACGACUUCCAAUUAAAAAUGUCAUUUCAGGGAAGAGAGAUUUUCCUUCUUUUUUUUUGGUUUCAUCUGAUCUUUUUUCCGCUUCUCUUUUUCUCAUCUUUUUCACUGUUUGCAUUUUAGCAUAAAGAAUACUCGUUUUUUUUCCUUUGGAAAAACAAAAAGAAAAUCAAUAAAAUCAAAUGGAGCUUGCUUUUUAUGUUAGUUCUUCACACAAAUCAAAUUUCAAGCGAUAAUUCUUCCGACAAACUCUUUUUCAAAUUGUGAAAGAAUGUGAAAAUUCUCGAAAUUUGUCAUCUUUCUUGAAUCUUCACAUUCAAUUAACAUGCAAACUUUCUAGUGAAAAAUUAUAAAUUGUAUUUUUUUCUUCUUCCUUCCUUCUUUUUCUUGUAUUCUAAUUACAAUUGAGGCUUUCUUCGUCCGACCUCAAUUCACAAUUUCUUCUAAAGAAAAUUCCCUCCAAUUUUCCUCAUCUUCCGACUCUUUCUUUUUCUUUCAGAUAAUAACUUAAAAUUUAUCUAUGCAAAUAUUCUAGAAAUCACAUUAAUUAACAAUAUGCAUUAAUAUUCCUUUCGUCAAUUGGUAUUCAUCAUCUUUUUGUGUAAAACUCUUUAUACAAGAAAGUUGAUUUUCCAUUUCUAGCAAUAUAAAUCGGACUGAUUGAUCUGUUCUUGUAAUAUUUAUCGUAUGAGCGUUUAAUUUUUUACUGAUUUUCAUGUGCAACAAUUCUGAGAAAUUAUAUUUUUCUCCACGAAAAUAACUUUUUCAGUAGACACAUUUUUCAAUGUAUUUUUUUUUUAACUUUCAAAGCUAACUUGAAAAGGAUUUUCUUUUUCUUCACUGAGAGUCUGAAUGAUUUGUUAAAUACACUGAUUAGCAGAAUUACGCAAAUAAGUACUUGAAAAUUGGCAAAAAAGGGACUUUUUAUUAAGGAAUUCUUGGCAGUGAAUAAUGAUAUCGCACUAAAGCCAAAUAUUUAAAAAUUUAUAAGGGCGAGUUUCAGGUUAAUUCAGUUAAAAAAAUUUCACGACAGAACGCAACUGAAGCUCUUCAGUGUAUAUAAACUUGCUUUCUUUCACUUCCUGCUCGACUUUCUCUGUAACACUACAAUAAAUUUGCAAAAAUUUGGUUCCUUUCUCUCGUAAUUUUCACCGUCUCUUCACUUGAAUUGUGGAUACUUUUAGUUUUGGGUCUUUGUGCGCUUUUAAUUAUCCGUUUUUUUUCUUUUACUUUCAAGGAUUAAUUGAAAAUAUAUCUAUUAUAUUUAUCUUCAAUUGUAUUUCCCACUAGAGCUAUUUAUAAUGUUUGCAAUGUAUUUUUUUUAUUAGUUUAUGACACAGAUGAUUUCUCUUUUUUUUCUCAGAAAUGUUAGCAAUAAUUGUGAUUCUUUGCAAAUAAAUUGCAAAAUUGUGAAAGAACUUCUUAUUUCGAAAGAAAAAAGCAAUUUUCUGCAUAUUUUCUUAUAGAAAAAAAAACCUUCUGCCUCCCUUUUAUUUGAUUAUUAUUAUUUAUAUCAUUUUGCGCGAAAUUCUGUCAGGAAUUUUUAAUCCAAAUUAUGCAUAUUUAUUACACAUAAAGUAACUAAACAAGAAAUUAUUCACAUUACACAAAAGUUCUUCAUUGAAUAUUUUGGGUGUUAUGAAAGGAGAUGAACAACAUUUAAACAAAUAAUAAACAAAAAUAAUCCGCAUGAGGGACAAUUUACAUUAAAAUAAGUAUUAUUUUGAUAUAAUUACAUAAUAUUCUUAGACACAUUGAUGAUUUUUUCUUUAAUGUUUAUAUGAAGAGGAAUAAAUAAUUUCUAUGAAUUCUCAUUUUCCUGCUUCUUCAUUUUUAUAUUUUUCUUUGAUCUCUUUUACAUCUCUCAUCUCCUUUUGUCGUGCUCACGCACGCGUUGUCGUGUGAGUUUCUUCUUCUGUGUGUAAAAGUGGCACAUUAGUUUUCUUUUUUCUUUUCAUUCUCAGAGAAAAUAUUAUUAGUAAAAUAACAAAAUUAUGAAAAAAAAACAAGAAUAAAUAAAGAAUAAACAAAAUAUCUACAGUCUAUUACAUAACUCUUUCUCUGCAUAUUUAUAACAUUUAUCUCUGUAUCUUCAAUGAUUGAUUGUAUUUUAUGGUUUUUGCAUUUUUUUUGUAUUCAAAAAUAAUAUUUGUGAUAAAAAGUUAGGUAUUCUUCUUAUUACAACUCUUCUCGCUUUCCCUCUUUGACUUAAUAAAAAGGGUAAAUAUUGAAAAAAUAUGCUUGGUUAAUUCAUUUUACAAAUAGAUAUUGGUUUUGUGCUUUUGCUUCAUCAUUUAUCGACCUUUCACUAAAUCUUCACUCAAUUUUUCGCUACAGAUUUUCCACUUUUUUUUUUAGUUCUAUAAAUGUUCCAUUACUUCUUCUUCUUCUUCUUCUUCUUUUUCACCUAUUGGUAAGUAAUUUAUGUUCUUAUCAUAUUCUUUUUUUU